CCUCAGCCGACCAGGACAGCAGAAGAGACGAGCCGAGACGUGACUUGACUUGACGAGAGGCAUUGUAGCAGCAUCAGCAUCAAGUGUGGCGUCUGCCUUCCUCUAGUCGACCCUGUCCCGUGACGGCGCCAUUCUUUCCCACCCCAGUACCAGACAUUGACUUGACGGCUGGUGCGGUCAUGGCUCACUGAGGCACCGUCUACAUCCAACCUACAGCAUAUCGCAGGACGCAGCCCCCAGCUCUCCCACCCGCCACACAACCACCAUGUCGGACAAGCGCACCUUCUCGGGCGUGUCGCUGUCGACGAACAAGCCCGUCAACGGGUCCAACAGCCAGGUGUCGCAGCGCAUCAAGAACUUCUUCCGCAUCAACAGCAGUGGCGAGACCCGCAAGCACUCGGACGAGGGCAAUGGCGCUGCCUCGACGUCCAAGACGGAGAAGUCGGGCUUCCGCCAGUCGCGCUUCAUUCCGCACAUGUCGCGCAACCGCUCGCACACGGUCGCCAGCGAGGGCAACCACCUCGACGACGCCGUCUCGCCCACGGCCCACGCCAACCCCUACUUUGCCCACCAGGGCCCCCCCGAGCUGCGCCACCACAACGAAGGCAGCGUGCCACCCUCGCCGCCCGACACCCCGGCCAUCCCGACCAUCCACACCGAGGCUGCCAGCGGCGCCAACGACCAGGCCACGGCCGCCGGAAAGGAGGAGCUGGCACGCAAGCUGCGACGCGUAGCCUCGGCACCCAAUGCCCAGGGCCUUUUCUCGUCGGGCAAGUCUGCUGAGCGACCCCAGACGGCAGAGCUUGGCAAGCAGCCGCUGCUGCACAAUUCCAAUGCCUCGACGCUGAGCAUGGUCGAGACGCUGCAGCCCGACCAGACGCACCUCGCGCCCGUCGACACCCUCAAGCCCAUCCCGUCUCCAGGCGCGAUCCGCAAUUCGGUCGCGUUCCGGAGAACAUACAGCUCCAACUCGAUCAAGGUCCGCAACGUCGAGGUGGGCCCGGGCAGCUUCGACAAGAUCAAGCUGAUCGGGAAGGGCGACGUCGGCAAGGUCUACCUGGUGCGAGAGAAGAAGUCGAGUCGGCUGUACGCCAUGAAGGUCCUGAGCAAGAAAGAAAUGAUCAAGCGCAACAAGAUCAAGCGCGCCUUGGCCGAACAGGAAAUCCUCGCGACCAGCAACCACCCCUUUAUUGUUACUCUCUACCACUCGUUUCAAUCCGAAGACCACCUCUACCUCUGCAUGGAGUACUGCAGCGGCGGCGAGUUCUUCCGAGCGCUGCAGACGCGACCCAACAAGUGCGUAGACGAGGAUGCUGCGCGUUUCUACGCCGCCGAGGUGACGGCUGCGUUGGAGUACCUGCAUCUCAUGGGCUUCAUCUACCGAGAUCUGAAGCCAGAAAACAUCCUGCUGCAUCAGUCUGGCCACAUUAUGCUGUCAGACUUCGACUUGUCCAAGCAGUCAGACCCCGGGGGUCGCCCGACCAUGAUCCUGAGCGGUCGAAGCGGCACGUCGUCGAGCAACCUGCCCAUAAUCGACACCAAAACCUGUAUAGCAAACUUCCGGACGAACUCGUUUGUGGGCACAGAAGAGUACAUUGCGCCAGAGGUCAUCAAGGGCUGCGGGCAUACCAGUGCGGUUGAUUGGUGGACGCUGGGCAUCUUGGUCUACGAGAUGCUCUUCGGAACGACGCCUUUCAAGGGCAAAAAUCGUAAUGCGACUUUUGCCAACAUCCUCCGAGACGAGGUGCCGUUCCCGGAGGGGUCUGGUUCGCCAGCCGUGUCCAACCUCUGCAAGGGAUUGAUCCGCAAGCUCCUCAUCAAGGACGAAACUCGACGACUUGGCUCCCGCGCCGGUGCCUCGGACAUCAAGACGGCACCCUUCUUCCGCACCACGCAAUGGGCACUGCUGCGUCACAUGAAGCCUCCCAUCGUCCCGCACCAGGGCCAAGGCGUCGAAACGCCCAACUUCCGCAACGUCAAGGAAAGCCACAGCGUAGACAUUGGCGCCGCGAGGAACAAAGGCGUUCCCCUCGACUCUGGGCUCGCCACACCCAUGGGCGAGAUCGCAGACCCCUUUGAAGAGUUCAACAGCGUCACACUGCACCACGACGGCGAUGACCAUCACCACCAGGAAUCAGACCAGCAAUAUCUCGAGCUGCAGGAGACUAACUCCAGGCGAUGAUAUGGGGUCGUGAACUUGGCAUUUCCCCAUACUGAUACAGGUGGUGGGUUUUGUCCCCGAAAAUCAUGCUCUCCUCACUCGGCGUGUUUGUACCAUUUCAGGCGUUCAAGAUGACAUUGGGCCCCUGCUUCACUCCUUUGGCAGGGUGGUUUACUUUUACUCGGCUAUACAUGUAGCUCUAUGGCAGCGGCGUUUACGGGGGAAUCUUGUAGUCUUUCUUCUCUUUCUGCUCUUUUCUUUUUCGCGCUCUCUGGUUUCUCUGCGGUAAUGAGGCCACUUGUACAGAAUCUUGGGCGUUUUGCAAGGGUUAUUAUUGUGCUGGGUGCAUUCUUUUGCGUGGAAAAUAUAUUUAUAGCCUGGUAGGUGGGAGGACGUUGGGG